ACAACGAACUACCAUCAGGAUGGUAUGAGAUAUUAGAUAAUAAUAACACAUAUGAAGAAGAUAAAUUUGCAAUAUUAAAAGCAUUCCAGUCUGCAGAUGCAAUUAUCCCAACAUUAUCAACUGAAUUGCCAAUUUGCCCUAAAGAUAAACUUACAA